GUCUCUAUAAAUCAAUUGUGCGACCACCCGCUCUCAUCGUCUUCUUCCCCGAGCAAACCCUCAUUCCCUUCACGCGGCCUGUCCUCCCCUUCCUGCUCGCUUCCGCUCGCAUCGAAGAGGAUAGGAGUAAAUUAGUUGGUUAAUUUGAUCGAUUCAUGGGGUUUGGGAACGAAGCGAGCUCCUCCGGCUACGGCCUGGAUGCAUCGGGGCCGCUUAUCCAGGUGGUGGGCGGUGAUGACCAUGGGCGGGGCCUGUCGUCGCAGCCGAAGACGUUCGCGAACGUGUUCAUCUCGAUCGUGGGAGCUGGCGUGCUGGGCCUCCCUUACGCCUUCAGGCGAACCGGGUGGGUUGCCGGCGCGUUACUGCUCCUCGCUGUCGCCGCGCUCACCUUCCACUGCAUGAUGCUCAUCGUCCGCACCCGCCGCCGCCUUGACCUCGACCGAUCCGCCAAGAUCGCCUCCUUCGGCGACCUCGGCCUCGCUGUCUCCGGCCCCCUUGGCCGUCUCGCCGUCGACGUCAUGAUCGUGCUUAGCCAGGCCGGCUUCUGCGUCGGCUACCUUAUCUUCAUCUCCAGCUCCCUCACGAACCUCCUUCCCGUCUCUCUCCCCCUCCUUCCCUUCCUCUCCUCGAAGGCCCUCUACGUGCUCGCUAUGUUGCCCUUCCAGUUGGGCCUCAACUCCAUCCGCACCCUCACCCUCCUUGCGCCCUUCAGCAUCUUCGCCGACGUCGUUGACAUCGGCGCCAUGGGCGUCGUCGUCGUCGAGGACGUCUCCGUCAUGCUUACCCGCCCCCCUCCCCUCCACGCCUUCUCGGCGCCCUCCGUCCUCCUAUACGGCGCCGGCGUCGCGGUGUACGCCUUCGAGGGCAUCGGCAUGGUCGUCCCCCUAGAGGCCGAGGCCGCCGAAAAGUCCAAGUUCGGGCGCACCCUCGGCCUCUCCAUGGCCUUCAUCGCCCUCAUCUACGGCCUCUUCGGCGUGCUCGGCUACGCCGCAUUCGGCGACGAGACCAGGGACAUCAUCACCGCCAACCUUGGCGCCGGCGCGCUCACGGUGCUUAUCCAGCUGGGCCUCUGCAUCAACCUCUUCUUCACGUUCCCGGUGAUGAUGAACCCGGUGUUCGAGGUGGCGGAGCGGUGGCUGUGCGGGAAGAUGUACUGCUGGUGGCUGCGGUGGGCCUUGGUGGCGGCGGUGAGCCUCGUGGCCACGUUGGUGCCCAACUUCGCCGACUUUUUGUCGCUGGUCGGGGGCAGCGUGUGCGUCGUGCUCGGCUUCGUGCUGCCGGCGGUGUUCCACUUCAAGGUGUUCAGCGCCGAGCUGGGCUUGGCCGGGGCUACAGCCGACAUCGCCAUCAUCGUCGUCGGGGUAGCGUUGGCCAUCUCCGGAACCUGGUCUUCUCUCAUGGCGAUCUUCAACUCUGAGCAAGCUUGACAGCGUGCUGUCUGCCUGAAAGUCUCGUAGAUCAAAUUAGUAGAAUCUGGGACUGCAAUUGUAGGCACCAUCAAAGAAUCAAAGCGACGGCGGUCUGUGGAUCUCUUCUUCUCAACACUAACAUGUAAGGUGGCUUCUCUGAAUUAUGGGGCUACAAUUAUAUGAUAAAGACACCAUGAUGUAUAUGAACUUGAACAAUCACUGGACUCGAAUUACAAAAUAUUUACAUUCAA